UGUGGCUAUGUAUGAGAACGUUCUUAAGUGUCCCACGCCUGGCUGCACCGGACGCGGCCAUGUCAAUAGCAACAGAAACUCCCACAGAAGUCUGUCAGGAUGUCCCAUUGCCGCAGCAGAGAAGCUGGCCAAAGCCCAGGAGAAACACCAAGGCUGUGACGGCUCUAAACCCAACCAGGCUUCUGACCGGGUCUUGAGCACGCCUCGAUCCAACCUGGCCAAGGAGCUGGAGAAGUACUCCAAGACCAGCUUCGACUACAGCGCCUUCGAGAACACCAACAACCACCAUGUGUACGGAAAACGGGCUAUCGCACCCAAAGUUCACGGGCAAAGGGAUUCCUCCCCUAAAGGAUUUGACGCCAAGCGUUACUGCAAGAACUCCAGCUCGGCCAGCAGCACCACCAGCACCUACGCUCCCAGCAGUAGCAGCAGCAGCCUGAGUUGUGGAGUUGGGGGAGGGGGUAUGGGAGGAGGUGGAGGCAGCAGUGCCAGUAGCACCUGCAGCAAGAGCAGCUUUGACUACAGUCACGACAUGGAAGCCGCACACAUGGCCGCCACAGCCAUCCUCAACUUGUCCACGCGCUGUCGAGAGAUGCCCCACGGAAUGGGAGGCAAGCCCCAGGAUCUGUGCUCGCAGAGUCCCGGCCUGGAUGUUGACGAGAACGGUACAUUGGACCUGAGUAUGAGCAAGCGUCUGUGCAGCGGCGCGGGGGACUCUGUGCUCACCCCUCUGGAGCCCAUGUCCCCCCAGAGGCAAGCGGCUCUGCUGGGCUCCCGCUGCUACAGCAUGGGGGACGCUGCCGACUGCUGGGACCUGCCAGUUGACUACACCAAGAUCAAACACAUAGAUGAUGACGACAAAGAGGAUGACCUGGACCCCUUCCAAGACCUGCUAGAAGACCGCUCCUAUACCACAGAUGUUAACAUACCCAGUCCCAAGCCUAAAUUUGCUCAGUGCAAAGAGACUAAGAAGGACCUGAUCACCCUCUCAGGUUGUCCAUUAGCUGAUAAAAGUAUUCGGAGUAUGCUGGCCAACAACGCGCAAGAGCUCAAGUGCCCGACACCAGGGUGCGAUGGUUCGGGACAUAUCACUGGCAACUACGCCUCUCACAGAAGUCUCUCAGGUUGUCCGCGUGCCAGGAAAAGCGGAAUAAAGAUCAUCCACAGUAAAGAGAACAAGGAGGACCAAGAGCCAAUCAGGUGUCCUGUUCCUGGUUGUGAUGGCCAAGGUCACGUGACAGGGAAGUACGCGUCACACAGAAGUGCAUCGGGAUGCCCAAUAGCAGCAAAGAGACAAAAAGAUGGCUACCUAAACGGCAUCCAGUUCACAUGGAAGUCCGGCAAGACGGAGGGGAUGUCAUGUCCCACGCCGGGCUGCGACGGCUCGGGUCACGUCAGCGGCAGCUUUCUGACACACCGGAGUCUGUCAGGCUGUCCGCGUGCCACUUCCGCCAUGAGGAAAGCGAGGCUCUCUGGAGUGGACAUGCUCACAAUAAAGCAGCAGCGCGGCAGCAACGGCUUGGAUCAUGAAGAGGAGCUCAAACAGCUGGAUGAAGAAAUCAAAGAUUUAAGUGAAUCCAAUUCACAAGUGGAAGCGGACAUGAUCAAACUCAGAACGCAGAUCACAACCAUGGAGUCCAACUUGAAGUCCAUGGAGGAGGAAAACAAGGUGAUUGAACAGCAAAAUGACUCUCUCCUGCAUGAGCUGGCCAACCUCAGCCAGUCACUGGUUAACAGUUUAGCUAAUGCCCAGCUCCCCCAUAUGAAACCACUGGCACACAAAGAGCCUCUUCUUAGGACUAACAGCUGCUUACAGCUCCACCAGCAAGAGCCAAUCGAACAGAACUUUGAUGCCUAUGUGACCUCUCUAACGGACAUGUACAAUGUCCAGGACCAAUACCACAGUCCAGAAAACAAAGCCUUGUUGGACAACAUCAAGCAGGCGGUCCAAGGGAUCCAAGUGUAACUAUUUUGGACAAAGGAGCUUCCUGUUUAUCCAUGCAAAGUGUGGGCGGCGUCUCAGAGUCCACAAGUGAAGGUUUCAUCUCCUUGAUGCAGAGCAGUUACAUAUAAUGUACAGUGUUAUAUAUUCGGAAUUCUUUAAGAAACCCAGAGGUAUUAUGCUUAGAGAGAGACAUUGAGACAACGCCUUUUCUUUUUGGGGUCUUGCUUCAAGGAAGGACAUACAAGUGUAAAGCAGCAAAAUAGUUUUUGAGGACAUUUUGUACGUUUUCAUAUGAGCUGACAUUGCGCCAUGUAAUGUUUCUAGCUGCUCACAUAUGCACAUUUUAGUGUAUAUUACUGAACAGUAAGCUGAUUCUAACUGAACAUGCGUUCUUUUUAUUGCUCGACCACAAAGCAUUUUAGAUGACAAAAACAAAAAGCUGAGCUCGACACGGACACAAAAACAUGAGAAGAGGAACUAUAACAAUGUUUCACCUCAACGGGUGGUUUUAAAUUUUCUUUGUUUUCUUCUAUGUAUUGCUUGUAGAGUUCAAGGGCAAGAACUGGCUUGCAAAUUACUUUAUUUUUUGACAAUGCUUGAAAAAUGUUUGUGUUUUCUUUUUAAUCUACAAAAAAAUGUGUAGCUGAAAUGGGGGAAUUUUUCAUUGGUGCUGAAGAUGAGUUUGGAGAGGAAACUGACCGGACGUAUGGAUGAAUGUAUGUAUGAGCAGUUAUAUUGUAAACAUCAUUACACGGAAACCCGAUGGUGGAAAUCCCGUUAUUUAGGAGAGCAAAUUAAUUCCCAUGGGAACAAAUCAGUGCGGCGCAUGUAAGGUGGCAUGCACCUCAUCAAAAAAUAUCAAACUCAUUCUCAGGCUAUUGAAUGCACAACUGGACUGUUCAGGUUGUCUUGAAAUAGGUUUGGCCUGUCAUCAGAGCAGGACUCAUCAGGUCAUGUUUAAAGACUAGAUAGGACAGCUAUAGUUGCUGUCCUCUCUUAUCAAUUUCCCCUCUCAUCCAAGCAGACUUCACCAGUUCAUGCCCAAAGACUAGACAGGACAGCUUAGACCACAAUCAAGCAAGUUUUAAUCAAUUCAUAAUUCAUGCUCAAAGACUAGACAGGACAGCUCAUACUAUAUCUUAUUAUGCUUAAAGACUAGAGGACAGCUCCGAAUACAAUUAUUUUGACUAACUGACGAAGCCUGGGAGGGAAAAUGAAUAAGAGGGGUGACUAGAUAUGGUCGCUCUACUCUUCUCCAGGCUAGAAAGACAACUCAGACUAAAGCUGAGCACGUUUUCGGGGUCCAUGCUCAAAGAUUAACUUGGACAGCUCAGACUAAAGCCUAGCAGGUAUAAUCAAUUCAUGCUCAAAGACUAGAUGGGUCCUGAACUACAGCUUUCCUAUCUAGUUUCCUCUCUUAACCAGUGGCCUUGUGGUUAGAGUGUCUGCCCUGAGAUCGGAAGGUUGUGCGUUCAAACCCCGGCCGAGUCAUACCAAAGACUGUAAAAAUGGGACCCAUUACCUCCCUGAUUGGCACUCAGCAUCAAGGGUUGGAAUUGGGGGUUAAAUCACCCAAAUGAUUCCCGGGCGCGGCCACCGCUGCUGCUCACUGCUCCCCUCAUCCAUCCCCGGAUGGGUCAAAUGCAGAGGUUAACUUCACCACACCUAGUGUGCGUGUGACUAUCAGUGGUACUUUAACUUUAUCCAAGCAGGCUGAUUCUGUUCAUGCCAAAAGGCUAGACUGGACAGCUCAGACUACAGCCAAGCAGAUUCAAUCAAUUCAUGCUAAAAGACUAGAUAGGACAGCUCAUACUAGAGCUAUCCUAUCUAGUUUCCCCUCUCGUCCUGGCAGGCUUCCUCAGUUCAUGCCCAAGGACUAGAUAGGGCUGCUAGAGCUGAGCAAGAUUCAUCCACUUAUGCUUGAAGACUAGAUAAGACAGCUCUGACUAGUGUUCUUUAGGCAUGAACUGAUGAAGCAUGCUCGGAUGAAAUGGAAAAUGAAUGAGAAAGGUGACUAGAUAGGGCAGCUCUACUCUCCUCCAGACUAGAUAAAACAGCUUAGAUCAGUUCAUGCUCGCAGACUAGAUAGGAGAGCUCAGACUAGAGUUACAUGGGCAUGAACUGAUGAAGCCUGCUCUAAUGAGAGGAAACCUGUAGUACAGCUCUAGUCUCUGCUGUCCUAUCUAGUUUCCCCUCUCAUCCAGACAUGCUUCAUCAGUUCAUGCUUAAAGACUAGAUAGGGCAGCUGAGCAGGCUUCAUCCAUUUAUGUUUAAAUGCUACUUAGGACAGCUCAGACUACAGCUGAGCAGGUUUAAUUAAACUAUGCUCAAAUAUUAAAUGUGACUGUUCUUUGGAUAUAAACUGGUGAAGCCUGCUCAGAUGAGAGGGUAAACAAAUAAGAGAGCAAGGGAGAUUGAACAGCUCAGACUAGAGCUGUCCUAUCUAGUUUCCACUUUCAACCGUAAAAACUUCAUCAGAUCAACCCAAAGACAAGAUGGGACAGUUAAGACUAUAGUACGGUUCAUCCAUUUAUGUUUAAAGACUAGGACGUGCCCAAAGACAAGACAGGACAGCUCAGACCAGAGUUCUGUGAGCAAUAUUUGAUGGAGCCUGAUGAGAGGGGAAUCGAAUAAAAGGUGAAUCAAGAUAGAGCUAAUAAUAAACAAUCCUGCUCAGGCAAGA